AUUAGUUCUUGGACCCAGUGGGAGGAGACGAAUGUAAACCCUCCAAUCAUCAUCACUCACGGCAUGUGCCGCGUCUGUCUGUGUGUCUCAACAGAUGGAUCCCGGCUUUUCGGAUGACACCGGAGCAGGCGCUGGCACAUAAAUGGCUGCAGGAUAUCGGCACGGGUGAACCCGGGCAACCCGGAGCAGCUGCAGUUAAAACCACAGCGACCACCACCACCACCACCGCCGCUGCCACCACUAUCACCACUACAACCAUCACAACCACUGUUGCCGGCAUCACCACCACAUACACCACCACCGCCACUGCCACCAUCACGGUCGUCGCCACCGCUAACCUGGGACUGGUCUCGCUGUGCGACAGGAAGAACGACGGAACCUCUGCAGCUGCUGUGCCACGGUCAACUCCUGCGCAGCCCUCACUCAUCCUGGCCUCUGCAGCGAAGACGGAGAUUGCGGAGGAGAGCAUGGAGGAGAAGACGGAGUUGCGAGGUAGCGAGCUAAGCGCCUGA